AUGAGCCGACAAAAGUGGUGCUGCUGCUUGCCGCUUUCGUGGUCCGUCUACGCGUCGACGUUCAUCUGCUGGGUGACGCAGCUCGCGCUGUCGAUUCUAUUUAUUACACAGGGCUCCUACCCGAGCUACGGUACCAUCGGCGUUUGCUGUAUGUUCUUCAUCAUCGCCAUUGUUGGCAUUCUGCGUCAAAAUACGUGCAUGCUGCGUUUUUAUCAGAUUUAUACGACGUUGCUGCUCAUCGGCCUGAUCGGCAUCAUCGGCUGGAUGUGCUACAUCACUGUCCGGGGGGAUGACAAUGUUUUUUAUGAUAACUGCGUCGCUGAUAAGUACUAUGACAAUGGAUGCAAAGGAGACGCCCGGCGCAUCGCCAUCCUGGCCAUCAUCUUCGCGCUGGUCGGGCUGGCCGCGGUGAUGACGGCAUUAAGAAGUGUUCAUACUUAUAUUGACUAUAUUGUGAUGAAGCGGAUGGCGCGGCCGGAUCCCUGUUGCCAAGCCCCGCCCCCAGCCCCACUUCCACAACCCGGAAUGAACGUCAAUGUGGUGGUUCAACCCCAGACCGGCGGCUAUCCGGUCAGCUAUGUUUACGCCGCCCAGACGGGAGUACACUAUCAACAACAACCAACCGUCCCACCGGCCUACCAACCAGUCUAUCCGACGUAUCCGGCUCAGACUCCUGGCGCGACAAUUGAGGCUUAUAAGGUUACCGUCAUCAACGUCGUACCCCCGAUCCUCUCCUUCCUCGCCACGUCGCCGCUUCUCAAAGAAUUCGACCUCGAAUCCCUGAGGAUGAUUUAUGUGGGUGCUGCUCGAGUUGCUCCCGAUUUGAUCGCAAAAACGCGGGACGCCUUCAGCCAGCCGGUCCAGGUCGUACAGUUAUACGGCAUGACGGAGGCCGGACUACUAAUUUUCAUGACCCCACCCGACAACGAUAGGCUCGAUUCCGUGGGACUACCCCUGCCAGGGGUGGAAUACAAGAUCCUCGACCCGUCCGGAAAUGCGGUAGAUGUCGACAUUCCGGGCGAGCUGUACCUCCGGACGCCUUGCCUUUUAGCUGGCUACCGUAAUGGGGAGAAGCUGGAUUUCUUGAGUCCGGACGGCUGGUUUCCGAGCGGUGACCUUGCUCGAGUCGACGGCGAUGGAUUCAUCUCCAUUGUCGGCCGAACAAAGGAGAUGAUCAAAGUGCGCGGCUGGCAGGUGUCCCCCUACGAGCUGGAAGAGGCCAUAAAAACCAAUAUUUUUGGUGUUGAAGACGUGGCGAUCAUAGGUGUAGAAGUUGAAGAAGGGCUGAGAAAAUCUGGAUGCACCACGGCGGCUACCUUACCCCAAUCGAUUGGCCAGCGCCCGUACGCUUUCGUGGUGGGACCCGAGUGUGAUGCGGAGGCUGUGAAGAGAUUUGUGGAAGAAAACUUCGUCUCCUACAAGCACCUGGCUGGGGUCUCGAUUGUUGACGAGCUGCCAAGGACGGCUUCCGGGAAGUUGUGCCGUCACAAAUUGCUUAAAUUUCCUCGCUCGAUAGACGAA